AUGUCGGAUCGCUUUUACGGAAGAAGAUCUACGUACCUCAACAGUGCUUUUAAUGAACGUGCCGGUCCUAGGACUACUGAUGACAGAAAAUACCAUCACACUGUGAAACCUGCUCAGAGAACUCCUCACUAUGCACAGGUGUCAGAAUUAUACCCAAUGCAAGCGUCAUUGGGUGGCCCGAGUGAUUUCCGAUAUCGACCAACUGCUGAUAUAAUGAUGCCUGGAACAGAUACUCCUGGUUAUGGACAUGGACGUCAUGGAAGCAGUGGUGGGGGUGGCGUUUCGAUCCCCGUUGUUCAUCUCGACUCACCGACUUACUACCCUAGCCGAGGCACUUACAGUGGUGGUCUUUCUAGACCCGAGCCAGCAAGCAGUUAUCGGACUGGAGGAUUAACUAGAAAGACUACUCCGACGGUAACCAGUCCAACUUCACUUUCGACAGAUCCUGAAGCGGAAGUAGAUGCAUUGACGGAUGCGCUAAUGCAAAAAAUGGAAGCUCCGAGAUCUGGUGGAAUUAUAUCUCCGCAUGGAUCAGAGAUGGAUGGAACUUCUUCGCCAGGUAAACGAAAUUGUUUGUCGUACAAUUCUUUGGGCAUCUCAUUAAAUACUUUACAAGGCCUGUAUUUACGACCACAGUUUAUAGUACUUUUUGGAACAUUUAGACGCUCAGGAAGGGAUCCUUUCUCAGCAAUGAACGUAAUUUUAAAUCUAAUGACUUUACCACGAAAUCCUGCCACUCUGGUUUAA